CUCUCACCAAUCUUCAAUUACUCAUUUCAAAUCUCCAAUAUCGUCGAGGGAAUGGCGUCUGGUGCUCUAGUUUCGAAGGCGAAGCAUAAACGGAGCGAAAUUAGCAACAAAAGAUUGAAACCCACGACGGCGGUGAGGCCGGUGUCUCCGUCGCAUUCGGAGAUGAGGAAGAUAACUCUCAACUCAAUCUCAAAGCUUCAAGUCAGAGACUUGAAGCGGAAACUAACAGCUGAGCUCGAAAAAGUCAGAAGCUUGAUCAACCGCCUCGAACCUGUCCCCAACAAGGGAGGACAAGGUAAAGCUCAGAUCUUGAAGAGCUGUAAUAGCUUGCUUACCAAGUUAAUGAAGCAUAAGUUUGGGUGGAUUUUCAACACCCCGGUUGAUGCGGUUAAGUCCGGUUUACAUGAUUAUCACACUAUAGUUAAGAAGCCUAUGGAUUUAGGGACUGUCAAGACUAGGUUGAGUAAGAGUUGGUAUGAGUCUCCCUUGGAGUUUGCUGACGAUGUGAGACUUACUUUCAACAAUGCGUUGCUGUAUAACCCCGUGGGGCAUGAUGUGCAUCGUAUGGCUCAGUUUUUGUUGAACAUGUUUGAGGACAAGUGGGCCCCGCUUGAAACACAGUGUGCCUCUCUUUACAACACUCAUCAUUAUGUGGAGCCAUUACCGUUACAAGCUCCUCCUCCUGUAGUGGUUGAAAAUAGGACUUUGGAGAGAGCUGAAUCUAUGACAAACCCAGUGGAGCCUUUAGCUCUAACCGUUUCCCCUGAGAAGUGUGAAGAAGAGGAGGCGUCUGGGAAUAGAGACUUGACGUUUGAGGAGAAGCGGAGGCUUAGUGAAGACCUUCAGGAUUUGCCUUUCGACAAGCUAGAGGAAGUUGUUGAGAUUAUAAAGAAGACUAAGCCGGAGCUCGCUCAACAAGACGACGAGAUUGAGUUAGAUAUUGAUAGUCUCGACCUCCAAACGCUUUGGGAGCUUUACAGAUUCGUGAUAGGAUAUAAAGAGAGCUUGAGCAAUAAAAAGGAAGAACAGAGAUUGGGAUCAGAAAGAGAUGUUGAGUCUGUCCAAGAACCGAACACUCUAGUAACUGGACCUGAAUCGACAAAAGUUACAGAACUAGGCCAUGUGGCAUCUCCAGCUCAGCAAGUAAAUGCUGGUGUAUCAAGUAGUUCUAGUAGUGGAUCAGGCUCUUCUAGUGAUUCUGACAGUGAUAGCUCAGGGCAUGGAUCUUGAUACUGUUAACUAACCAAGACUCUGAAAGUAUUUAGCAUAGGUGGGAGCCAUGUUGUUGUCAGUUACACACCCUUUUAGGAGCAAAGCUAGGUUACCUUUUUGUUCCAACGUUUUCUACAUCAGAUUGUUUCUGUAUUAGAGUUCUUGUUAACUGUACAUAAAAGUGAACAACACUUGUCAUCAAUCGAACAGGCUUGUUAUGUCCUUCUUAAUUGUUUUUAUUGUCUUUAAAAUCAUAUCACUAUUUUAAA